AUGUCCUUCGAAUUGAUCGGUGUCAGCGGAUCUGGUAAAACAACUCUUUCAAGAUUUGUUGCUUGGAUGAAUGGAUUAAGUGUAUUCCAAAUCAAAGCGCACAACAAAUACACAGGCGACAAUUUUGAUGAAGACUUGAGAAUAGUUUUGCGUCGGGCUACUGAGUUCUUAGAAUGUAUGAAUACUCUUCUGGCAAACGCUGAAGUUCCUGGUUUAUUCGAAGGUGACGAACACAAUGCUCUUGUGACUAGUUGUAAAGAAGGUGCUCAGCGAGAUGGAUUAAUGUUAGACUCCCACGAAGAGUUAUACAAGUGGUUCACUCAACAAGUUAUGAAGAAUCUUCACGUUGUCUUCACAAUGAAUCCUCCAGAAGGUGGUUUGGCGUCUCGUGCUGCUACUUCACCAGCCUUAUUUAAUC